CGAGACAUGUUUGUAACCAAAAAAUACCUGCCUGGACAGGCUCCUUAGCUGCGCCGCAGGGCAAACCGAAGCAGUGCUGUGCUUGUGCCAUGCCUUGGAGGACAGCCAGGACCAGGAUGAAAAUUGUUGGGAGAUGAAAGCAAAGUGGGAAGCUCUGGUGGCACGUUUCCCAAGGGCAGCCUCGGGAGGAAGCUGGGAGCGGAAAUAGUUGAAAGAAUAAAUACAAAGAGUUGUUUUUUUUUUUUCCCCUAGGUUGCAGACAAAGAGCAGCACGGAGAGCAGAUAAGCCCGUGCUCCUUAUCUCUUUGUUGUUCCGCCCCUGUGUUUUGCUGAUCCGAGUGUCUGCUGGAAGUCUGAUGAAGCAAAGGACCGUGGAGGGAAUUACUCAGUGCAGCAGCAGUGCCAGGGGCAGCGAGCUCAGCUGCAGGCAGGGCUGGCAAGGCCCUAGCCCAAGACACCUUCCCGGCGUGCAGGAGGGACCUGUGUGUGUUCCCCAUGGAGAUCCGACGCGCUUUGCCCCAAGAUAUCCGGGAGCUGCUGCACUGCUUGAAGAUGAAGAGCAAGUACGCCGUCCUCCUGGUCUUCGUCAUCAGCCUCAUCAUCAUCGAGAAGGAGAACAACUUCAUCUCCAGCUGGCAGGUGAUGGGGACCCCGGGCCACGGCGGCACGUCCUGCUGAUGGCCACCACCCGCACUGGCUCCUCCUUCGUCGGGGAGUUCUUCAACCAGCAGGGCAGCAUCUUCUACCUCUUUGAGCCCCUCUGGCACGUCGAGAAGACGGUGACCUUCCUGCCGGGGGGAGCCAGCGCAGUGGGCUCAGCCUUGGUUUACCGAGAUGUCCUCAAGCAGCUCUUCCUCUGUGACCUCUAUAUCUUGGAGAACUUCAUCUCACCGGUUCCCGAGGGCCACCUGACGCCUUUCUUGUUUCGGCGGGGCUCCAGCCACUCGCUGUGCGAGGAGCCCGUCUGCACGCCCAGCACCAAGAAGGUCUUUGAGAAGUACUACUGCAAGAACCGCCGCUGCGGCCCCCUCAACAUCACGCUGGCGGCCGAGGCGUGCCGGCACAAGCAGCACGUGGCCCUGAAGACGGUGCGCAUCCGGCAGCUGGAGUUCCUGCAGCCGCUGGUGGAGGACCCUCGGCUGGACCUGCGCAUCAUCCAGCUGGUGCGGGACCCCCGCGCCGUCCUGGCCUCACGCAUGGUGGCCUUCUCUGGCAAGUACGAGACCUGGAAGAAAUGGGCGUCCGAAGGGGAGGCUCCGCUGCGUGAGGAGGAGGUGCAGCGGCUGCGGGGCAACUGCGAGAGCAUCCGUGUGUCAGCAGAGCUGGGGCUGCGGCGGCCGGGCUGGCUGCGGGGCCGCUACAUGCUGGUGCGCUACGAGGACGUGGCGCGGGCGCCGCUGCAGAAGGCGCGGGAGAUGUUCCGCUUCGCCGGGCUGCCCCUCACCCAGCAGGUGGAGGAAUGGAUCGGCAGGAACACGCAGGCUCCCCACGACGGCAAUGGUGUCUACUCCACGUGCAAGAACUCCUCGGAGCAGUUCGACAAGUGGCGGUUCAGCAUGCCCUUCAAGCUGGCACAGGUGGUGCAGGACGCCUGCGCCCCAGCCAUGCAGCUCUUCGGCUACAAGCUGGCCAGCAGCCCCACGGCGCUGGCCAACCGCUCCUUCAGCCUGCUGGAGGAGGCACAGGCUGCCUGGGUCACGUAAUGGCGUGGGGCGACGGCGGCAGGGUGGAAAGAGGGGCUGCGGCUGUGCUCCUGGCCGGUCCGGAGACGACCUGGGGGACCCUGCUCUCAAAAAUGCUCCUCGGUGCUGCCAGAUGGCAGCCCCAGGAGCUGGAGCAUCUUGGCAGAGCUGGCCCCAGAGUCCUGCAGAGCCUGAAUUUCAUAAUUUCUCCGGGAAUGGGGAAAUGGUAACGGUGAGGGGUGGUGGGGUCGGCAACAGGGCCACCUCUCCAGCUCUGGAGCUGCACUGAGGAAGAGGAGGGUGAUGGCAAGCAGAGGGGAACAGGACCAAGCACCUCUGCCUUGCCACCCCCCAGGCCAGCUGGCAUGGGGCAAGGACAAAAUCCCUGUGGUGCCAGCAAGCACCCAGAGACCUUCUUGGUUUGGUGCCUUCAUACACCAGCAGAGACUGGAAACUGCCCACAGAGCCCUGGACGGCACUUGGGCUACAACCAAAUGAGGUGACUAUGGUUUGGUGCUCUUCAAACUUGGUUUUGGAGGUUUGGGUUUAUUUCCUUUUUUCCCUGUGUAUUUGCAUACCAGGUGGAUUUAUUUAUUUAUUAUGUGAAAAAGAGGGGGGAGGCUGGUCAAGGAGCUAAGCCUAAAAAUCAGAGCAGCACAACAUACCACAAAGGGAGACACCCAGAAGAGAGCUCAUGUUUUAGCUGGAGACCACCUUCUGUAUGAUCUUGGGUCAGCCCCCAGGGUCUGACGGGCUGUUACCCCCCCAGCCCCCGUGCAGCAGCGACUUCAAACUUCAGCAUCGUGGAAAGACAGUCAGAUUUAUCUGAUUAAAAACAAAACCACCAGCACAGAGUCCAAAGCAUCUCCUGUCUCCUUAGUAUUGGUGGGUGUCCCCUGCCCAGGGGGAGUCCCAGAAAUAUGUGCUAACAGCACUGAUGGGUGGCCAAACCUGGUAGAGUUUCAGGGUGUUUGCCAUUUGCAGAUGUUGACUCAGUGCCGAGCUGCACCCUCCAAUUCACAUUUCAUUAAUUAAAAUGCCUAUUUUUA